CAGAGCGGUGAUUUGGUCCUCUCGUGCUCAUGGCUGCUCACGGUAAAAACUUUAUUCGCGUGCGCCUCCACUUCGACUACCCGCCUCCGGCUGUGGCGGGAUGCCGCAUGUGCUGGCUGCUCGCGGACCUGAACACCUGCCGGGUGGUGGCGGACCUGGAGAGCCUGAUCCGGGAGAAGUUCGGGUUCAGCCGCAGCAGCGUCCUGCAGCUCUUCCUCCAGGACUGCUACCUGCCGCACACCGAGAGCGUUUGUGUUGUGCGCGAUGACGACAGCCUCAGGUGCGCGUGCUCUUCUGUCAAUAAUACU